UUCCCGUUUUCGGAGAAGCUCGCUUCUGGUGUCUGCUGAAAGUGUUUGCGGGCUGCUCGGAGCUCCCAUCGGCUGCAGGAUGUCCCGCGGCUCUAUCGAAAUCCCUCUGCGGGAUACGGACGAGGUCAUCGAGCUUGAUUUCGAUCAGCUUCCAGAAGGAGAUGAAGUUAUCAGUAUCCUGAAACAGGAGCACACUCAGCUGCACAUAUGGAUUGCCUUGGCGUUGGAGUAUUUCAAGCAAGGAAAGACGGAGGAUUUUGUGAAGCUGCUGGAAGCGGCUCGCAUAGAUGGCAACUUGGACUACAGGGACCACGAGAAAGACCAGAUGACUUGUCUGGACACUUUGGCGGCCUACUAUGUCCAACAGGCUCGCAAGGAGAAGAACAAAGACGGCAAGAAGGAGCUGAUCACACAGGCCACGCUGCUGUACACGAUGGCCGACAAGAUCAUCAUGUACGACCAGAACCACUUGCUGGGAAGAGCCUGCUUCUGUCUCCUAGAGGGAGACAAGAUGGACCAGGCUGAUGCCCAGUUUCACUUUGUGCUUAACCAGUCUCCUAACAACAUCCCAGCCUUGCUCGGAAAAGCUUGUAUCUCAUUCAACAAGAAGGACUACCGAGGGGCCCUUGCCUACUAUAAGAAAGCCCUACGCACCAACCCCGGGUGUCCAGCUGGCGUUCGCUUGGGCAUGGGCCACUGUUUUGUAAAACUGAAUAAGCUUGACAAGGCUCGUCUGGCCUUUGGUCGUGCUCUGGAGCUUAACCCGAAAUGUGUCGGAGCCCUUGUGGGCUUAGCCGUCCUUGAGCUGAACAACAAGGAGGCCGAUUCUAUUAAAAACGGUGUUCAACUACUAUCAAAAGCGUACACCAUCGACCCGAGUAACCCUAUGGUGCUCAAUCACCUGGCCAACCAUUUCUUCUUCAAAAAGGAUUACAGCAAAGUGCAGCACUUGGCCCUCCACGCAUUUCACAACACGGAAGUUGAAGCUAUGCAAGCUGAGAGCUGCUACCAGUUGGCCAGGUCAUUCCAUGUACAGGAGGACUACGACCAGGCAUUUCAGUACUACUAUCAGGCCACGCAGUUUGCAGCAGCCUCUUUUGUGCUGCCGUUCUUCGGCUUGGGCCAGAUGUAUAUUUACAGAGGUGAUAAGGAGAACGCAGCACAGUGCUUUGAAAAAGUCCUGAAGGCCUAUCCCAAUAACUACGAGACCAUGAAGAUUUUGGGCUCCUUGUACGCCGGCUCUGAUGAUCAAGAGAAACGCGACACGGCAAAGAGCCACCUGAAGAAGGUCACGGAGCAGUACCCUGACGAUGUGGAGGCUUGGAUUGAGCUUGCACAGAUUUUGGAACAAACGGACAUACAGAAUGCCUUGUCUGCGUACGGUACAGCCACGCGGAUUCUGCAGGAGAAGGUGCAGGCCGACGUGCCGCCGGAGAUUCUUAAUAACGUGGGCGCUCUUCAUUUCCGCCUAGGGAACCUGGGUGAAGCUAAGAAAUACUUCUUGGCCUCCUUGGACCGCGCCAAAGCAGAAGCCGAACACGAUGAACAUUAUUACAGCGCCAUCUCCGUCACCACCACUUACAACCUGGCCAGGUUAUUCGAGGCUCUGUGCGAAUUUCACGAAUCGGAGAAACUCUAUAAGAACAUUCUGAGAGAACAUCCAAACUACGUGGACUGUUAUUUGCGUCUUGGUGCAAUGGCUCGAGACAAAGGAAACUUCUAUGAAGCUUCAGAUUGGUUUAAAGAAGCCCUGCAGAUUAAUCAGGAUCAUCCCGAUGCCUGGUCUCUGAUCGGGAACCUGCACUUGGCCAAGCAGGAAUGGGGCCCGGGACAAAAGAAGUUUGAGAGGAUUCUGAAGCAGCCGUCCACACAGAACGACACAUACUCCAUGUUGGCUCUGGGCAACGUUUGGCUGCAGACUUUACAUCAACCGACCCGUGACAGAGAGAAGGAAAAGCGCCACCAGGAUCGUGCAUUGGCAAUAUACAAGCAAGUGCUCAGGAAUGACUCCAAGAAUCUCUAUGCAGCAAAUGGAAUUGGAGCUGUCUUGGCACACAAGGGCUAUGUCCGUGAGGCCCGCGAUGUCUUUGCCCAGGUCAGAGAGGCUACGGCAGAUAUUAGCGAUGUCUGGUUAAACCUGGCACAUAUCUACGUGGAGCAGAAACAGUUCAUCAGUUCUGUGCAAAUGUAUGAAAACUGUCUGCGCAAGUUCUACAAACACCAGAACACCGAGGUCCUGCUGUACUUGGCCCGAGCGCUGUUCAAAUGCGGCAAGCUGCAGGAGUGCAAGCAGAUAUUACUGAAGGCUCGGCACGUGGCGCCCAACGACACUGUCCUUAUGUUCAAUGUGGCCCUGGUGCUCCAGAGACUAGCAACGUCCGUACUGAAGGAUGAAAAGAGUAACUUGAAGGAAGUAUUAAACGCUGUAAAGGAGCUGGAACUGGCACACAGAUAUUUCAAUUACCUGAGCAAAGUCGGUGAUAAGAUGCGCUUCGAUUUGGCUCUCGCUGCCUCGGAAGCCAGGCAGUGUUCCGAUCUCCUGAGCCAGGCGCAGUACCACGUGGCCCGUGCCCGUAAACAAGACGAGGAGGAGAAGGAGCUGCGGGCCAAACAAGAACAGGAGAGAGAACUCCUGAAACAAAAGCUUCUAAAACAGCAGGAAGAGAAACGUCUCAAGGGAGAGGAGGAGCAGAAGAAGCUCUUGGAGCAGAGAGCUCAGUACGUGGAGAAGACAAAGAACCUCCUUCAGUUCACUGGGGAGAUGGAGACCUCCAAAGAAAAGAAGCGCGGAGGAGGAGGAGGAAGGAGAUCCAAAAAAAAUGGGGAGUUUGAGGAGUUUGUUAAUGACGAUUCAGACGACGAUCUGCCCAAAAGGAAGAAGAGGAGGAAGGGCGGCAGUGACAGCGGAGGCGACCAGGAAGGCGGAGAAGGAGAAGACGGAGAAAAUAAGAAGAAAAAGAGAAGGAAGAGGCCUGGAAGGACAGCUGAGGGAUCCGAUGACGAGGAGGAUCGUCCGCGACCUAAAAAGAGACCUCUCAAGAAGAAGCCGGUUAAGGUUGAGCGAACUCCGGCUUCCAUGAGAGGCAAAAUCAAGUCGAAGGCCAUGAUCUCCUCCAGUGAUGACUCCUCCGACGAGGACAAGCUGAAGAUCGCCGAUGAAGGAAACGCCAAAAACAGCAACAGCGACUCAGACGAUGCCGGCAGACCGUCGAAAAAGCGCAUCAUGUCCGACAGCGACUCGGAUAACGGUAACAAAUCCGGAAGCGGUGGCGGCAGCCCGCAGAGGUCUCGACAGUCCGGCUCGGACUCCGAAGACAACUGGCCAAAGAAGAGGCGAAGGUCGGACUCGGGAUCAGACAACGGCUCCGUCCAGUCCAGGAGAAGCGCGUCCGGAGGGUCGGACAACGGGUCGAGGGCCGUGUCGGGCAGCCCCCAAUCGGACAGGGAAUCCGACAACGAGGGUUCCGCCAAAGGUUCCCCCAAAGGUUCCGCAAACGAGUCGGAGCAGGAGAUGUCCACCAAUGAGAAAUCUGACCGCGGAUCUGACGACAGCGACUGAGCGCGGCGCUCCUGUGUAAUUAAUGUAAAUACUUUAAAGUUCAGAAUAGAAAAAAAGGAAUAAAAA